AUGUCCAGCACUACCACGACGACGCCAGGGAGCAAGCACGAGCAGCGACCAGCAGCUGUGCCUCUGGUAUCCUCGCUUCAUCAACGUACAGCUCCUGGACGCAACUCGUUUGCAGCUACCGACGUCAUUGCUGCUCACCGUAUCAAAUCUGAGCUUACUUGGUAUCAACUUGUACAUGCCGAAAUAAUAGCUGUGACAAGUGCUAUGCGGAAAAACGCUCGGUGGUCUGGGAUGAACGUGAAUGGUCUUAAUAUGGGAGGACUUGGCAUGAGCAUGGGCUUGCGUAAAGGACAUGGUGGCAACAGUGAACUGCAUUCCCGUAACCAAGAGAAUCCAUUAAUGGGUGGAUUUGCCAGUUUGAGAGAGUAUUUAAAUACUGUUCAAGAAGUUGAGGAUCUCGAUGCUUUGCUGCUGUUGAAUCCAUUUCUGGAAGUCAUUCGAUCUGGCAACACAACUGGUCCGAUUGCAGGUACAGCUCUUGGGAGCAUUGAAAAAUUCUUACACUAUGGCAUUGUUGGUCUUCGCAAUCCAAGUAUCGCCUUUGCUAUGAAUGCACUCUCAUCAGCUGCCACCCACUGCAAGUUUGAAGCUUCCGAUGCUGCCUCUGACGAACUCGUUCUUUUGCGUAUGCUGCAGGUUCUGGAAAUGGCAUUGACAAGCGAAAGCGGCCAGGUGCUUAGCGAUGAAGCCGUAUGUGAAAUGAUGGAAACAGGACUCAGCAUGUGCUGUCAAAUGCGUUUGAGUGAAAUGCUUCGCAGGUCAGCAGAACAUGUUAUGAUCAAUAUGGUGAUUGCUAUUUUUGAAAGAUUAAAAACACUGGAAGACGAAUGGGUGUACAUUGAUUCGCCAACUUGUCGUUCAGAAAACAUCGACGCUGCCAGCAAAGAUAUCAAUAAAGGUGCCCCGCAUAUGAGCACACCAAGGCAGUCUUCAUCACCGACACUUUCUACAGAACAGCAACCAUCAUCAACCACGGUUAACAAAGAGUCAAUUGACGUGGAAAACGACCUUGCUGAAGGAAACACUGAUACUACGGAAGGAGCAGCAUCGAAGCAGAAAGAGGAGCACGAGGAUGAAGAAGAGAAAGAAAAUAAUGAAAUUAUAGAACCUGCACCUUUGCGUCCAUACGGUCUCCCUGCUAUUCGAGAGCUACUACGGGUUUUGAUAUCUCUACUUAAUCCGCAUGAACAUAAGCACACGGAUUCAAUGCGUCUGAUGGCAUUAAGCAUUCUCAACGUCGCAUUCGAAGUGGGAGGGAAGAGCAUUAGUCGUUUCGAGAUACUCAGGAACCUGGUGGCAGAUGAUUUUUGCAAAUAUUUGUUUCAGUUGGCGAAAACGGAAUCCACGCAAUUAUUGAGCCUGACACUUCGAGUUAUUUACACUGUCAUGGAUACCAUGCGGCCGUAUCUCAAGCUGCAACAAGAACUCUUCCUUUUCUUUUUGAUUGAGCGAUUAUCUCCAGCUAGCGGGGUGGGUAGCAGAGCAAUGGUGAUCGACAUGGAUGACGAAGGCAAUAUAUCAUUGGUUCACUCUUCUGGAAAAGAUGGCAAUGAUGUAAAAACGAGCACCGGUCAUGUCGAUGUACGCAGCGGAUCACCUAAUAUCUAUGGGAAAUCCAACAAGAAUCAGAGUAUUGACCGCAACACAUCUCCAGAAGUGCGCGAAUUACUUCUUGAAUGUCUGCUCCAGUGCUCUCGAAUCCCGACGUUUAUGGUAGAUCUUUGGUAUAACUAUGAUUGUGACCUUUCAUGCGGGGACUUAUUUGAAGAAGCUAUCCAAUUCCUAAGCAAGAAUUCAUUCCCUGAUCCAAAUGGGUAUCCAGCUUUUGAUUCUCAUUUUCUAUGCCUCGAUACACUGUUGAUGUUUAUCGAUCAGAUGGUUGAGCGGACAAAUACAGAUAUCAAUACUGGUUCCAUCCCAAAGUCUUUUAUAGACCCAGAAGAACUUAUGACACGAAAGGCAAGAAAGCGAUUAAUCUUGAAGGGUGCAUCUCUGUUCAAUGAAAGCCCCAAAAAGGGAAUUCAAUUUCUUUUGGAAAAUGGCAUUGUUGUGCCCGAUGAAGAUGGUGAUGUGAAUGUCAGCCUUGCUCGUUUCUUGGGUACAACCCAGCAGCUCAACAAGAAGAGUCUUGGCGAAUAUCUUGGAAGACCGGAAAAUCUAUCACUGCUGCAAGUGUUUAUGCGACAAUUCGAAUUUUCAGGAAAACGGAUGGAUGAGUCACUUCGAAUUGUGCUGGAGACCUUCCGCCUACCUGGUGAAUCACAACAAAUCAUGCGAGUAGCCGAUACAUUUGCAGAAGUGUUUUUUGAGACCAACCCGGUGGAGAUAGCAAAUUCGGAAGCUGCACAGGUUCUCGCAUAUUCUAUCAUCUUGCUCAAUACAGAUCAGCAUAAUCCUCAAGUCAGGAAACGUAUGACCCUGGACGAUUACAUGCGAAACCUACGAGGCGUCAAUGGCGGUAAUGAUUUUUCAAAGGAUUAUUUGAGAGCUAUAUAUGAGACCAUUCGACAUGAUGAAAUUGUUAUGCCGGAAGAGCACGAAGGACGACUUGGAUUCAACUACGCCUGGAAGCAACUUCUUCAUCGCGCAGAUUCCUGCGGAUCGUUUGUUGUUUGUGAUACAACCGCGUACGACAAGGAUUUAUUCCGAUUAGCAUGGAAACCUGCAUUGGCUGCGAUUGCUUAUGCAUUCGAUACUGCCCAAGAUGACAGUACGCUUCAAAAGGCCAUCUCAGGAUUUCAUCAAUGUGCUAUGCUUUCUGCUCAUUUCCAAUUACACGACGUGUUUGAUGCGAUUGUUAUUAAUCUUGCUAGCAUGACUGGCUUGAUCGAAAAGACGAACAGCCGAAACUCGGUCCCUGAUCCCAUUGUAGAUGUUGCAGGUCAAAAGUAUGUAGUCAGCGACUUAGCAAUACGAUUCGGUCGUAACUACAAAGGGCAAUUAGCCGCUGUGGUCGCAUUUGCAGUUGUAACACGGCAUGGCAAUUCGAUGCGAAAAGGCUGGAAGAAGAUACUCGAGAUUAUUCGCAACUUAUUUGUCAAUUCAUUGCUGCCCGGCUCCAUGCUUCAAGUAGAAGACUUUUUAUCAGGCACUACGAGUAUCCCGUUAAAACCAAAGACACCUGCACCUGCCAAGCAGCAAAAUAGGCGGGACGGAUCGCUAUUGUCGACCUUAUCAUCUUAUUUGCUUUCACCAUAUGCGAAUGAUGAGGGAUACAGGGCCGAUCCAAGCGAAGAAGAAGUCGAAAGUACAAUGUGUGCAGUUGACUGCGUUACAGCAUGUAAACUGGAGGAGCUUUUCGGAGAUAUGAGCUCAUUGGAUAAUGAUACCCUUGUGUCCCUUAUGACUGCUAUGCAGGACGUGGGGUACAACACGGAAGAAGUUGAAUCGCCAGAGGGAAGUACCCCAUAUAACCCAGUUACUGUGCUCUUUUUAGAGUUCAUAGUCAGCAUUGCUAUUCGAAACGGUGACAGGAUUCAGCUACUUUGGCCAUACGCUGUAGAUUACAUAUUUAGUGUGCUCAAGCACGCUGAUAAGCAGAGUGUGCUGGUGGUUGAACGGACAGUGGUCGCACUUCUAAGGCUCUGUAUCUCCUUUUCAGCAAAGGACGAAAUGCAAGAUAGCAUUUUACAGUGUUUGAAGGUGCUUCGCGAUUUCCCGCCUGCUGUAACGCAAGCUGUGGGUGAGCAGAUGAUGGCUGGCAUUUAUAGUUUGUCAAAUGCCAAUUCUGAGAAUCUCAACAAAUCCGAAUUCGUUGAAACCAUUUUGGAAAUCAAGCAGAAGGUGGCUAGCGCAAUGUAG